ACAACCCUUCCAUCGAAGCAGAGACCAGGAGAAUAUCAGCCUGGAGUCUAGUGAAAUUUCUCAACCUUUUCUUACGGCGUGUCGGUGGACCAAACUUCUGUGACCAUGUGCAGUGUGGGGCCAAAAUACUAUGAAGACGACCUGCAACCUGGAGACCUGAUCGAAAUCUUCCGCUUUGGAUAUGAGCACUGGGCCAUCUACGUGGGAAACGGUUAUGUUAUCCAUUUGGCUCCCUCGUGCGAAAUUGCCGGGGCGGGCUUCGCCAGCUUCAUGUCUGUCGUAGAUGACAAGGCGUGGGUGAAGAAGGAGCUGCUGCGGGACGUGGUAGGGGACAACCGCUACCGGGUGAACAACAAGCAUGAUGACAAGUAUUCCGUGUUGCCUGUGGCCAAGGUUAUCCGGGAGGCCGAGAGAAGAGUGGGCCAGGAGUGUCAGUACAAACUCUCCAGUGAAAACUGUGAACAUUUUGUCACCGAGUUGCGCUAUGGCGUGCCCCGGAGUGACCAAGUUCGAACUGCCGUGAUAGGAGCGAGCAUCGCAGGGCUGGGUUUGCUUUCUUUGGGAGCCAUCGGUGCUUUCAUAGCCACGAAGAACAAGAGGCAACGGGACCGAGAAGAAUACCAAUAGCGGAAAGCUUUUCUACAGAUGCAAUUGAUUGCAUGCUCAUGAUUUGGUCACGCUUGCGGAAGUUUUCAGGUCCUUUUCAUGACGUCGUCAACCUCCGAGGCCUCUCCCACCAUUUUCAAAUGGGAAUCCGACAUUUUAUUUAAAAACCUCCAAUUGCUAUCACAAAUCAAUAUCAUGCAAUAAAGCACCGCCAUUUGCUUGAA